GACAUGAAUGUGCGCAGGAGGAGUGUAGAAGCUGCGGGUGUGAACACACCUACACCUGAUCUCACAGGAUCAGUGCUGCGGUAUUCAGAGGCCAAACUCCUGGGAAUAAUAACAACAACAACUUCUCUCCGGCAUGUAAUGUCUGUCAGCUCUUUUUCUUCAGUCAGAAGCUCCACACCAUGGUGUCGUAUAACAGACUGACCCCGGAGGAGUUGCACUUCUCUGGCGUGCCCUUACUGCAGCCUCAGGAUGAUUCACAGGACAGUGAGCUGACGGUGGAUGAUGCAAAGCACCCCCUGCUGGCCCGGAGGCCUCACUGCUCUGUCACUGCUGCCCUGUUGACCCUCGGAGGCUUUAUCCUUGUUGUCCUCGGUGUCUGGUUACUCGGAACCGUGCUUUGGCUGCAUAGUAGCUCUUCAGUAGGAAUCCACCGCCCUCCGUCUCCUGUGGCUCCACCCAGCAAGGGCGUGGUGCAGGAAAACCGAACGCAGCCAGAAUCCUGCUCUCUUAUUCCAGAAUCCUGGAGGUUUGACUGCUAUCCGGAGAGAGACGUUGUGGUGACGGAGGAUAUGUGUCACGCCAGAAACUGUUGCUUUACACAGUCAGGAAAUGAGAAGACCGGCGUCCCGUGGUGCUUUUAUCCACCAGAUUUUCCAUCGUACACGUUAGUGGCUGUUAACGACACCGAGACGGGAUUGACUGGGAAACUGGUUCGUACUCAGAAGACAUAUUACCCGAAAGACAUCGAGAUCCUGAAGCUGGAUGUACUGUAUGAGUCGAACAGCAGACUGCGUGUAAAAAUCACAGAUCCAGCACAGCAGAGGUUCGAGGUUCCUAUAGAUGUCCCUGCGGUGGAAAAACGAGCUGCAAGUCCCCUGUAUACAGUCGAGUUCUCCACACAGCCGUUUGGGAUUAUUGUUAAGAGAACGCAAAGUGGAGCUGUGCUGUUGAACACGACUGUAGCGCCGCUCUUCUAUGCAAAUCAGUUUCUGCAGAUGUCCACGUCUUUACCGUCUAAUUUCAUUUACGGGCUCGGUGAACAUCGCUCCACCCUCCUGCACGAUGUUCAGUGGAGCACGUUUACCAUGUGGGCUCGGGAUGCAGCUCCAGAAGAGUCGAUCAACCUUUACGGUGUUCAUCCAUUUUAUCUUCUCAUGGAGACUGAUGGGCUGGCACAUGGGUCACUCCUGCUGAACAGUAAUGCUAUGGACGUGGUCCUUCAGCCUGCUCCAGCUCUCACCUGGCGCACCAUCGGGGGAAUUCUGGACUUUUAUAUUUUCCUCGGUCCAGAUCCCAGCUCUGUGGUUUCUGAGUACCUAGAGGUCAUAGGAAGGCCUGCGAUGCCGGUGUACUGGGCACUGGGUUAUCACCUCUGUCGCUGGGGUUAUGAUUCCAGUAAUAAAACCUGGGAAGUUGUGAGGGAAAUGAGGAAUUAUGGGAUACCGCAGGAGGUGCAGUGGAAUGAUAUUGACUACAUGGACCGCACUCUGGACUUCACCUUUGACCCCAUGAGAUUUUCCACACUGCCUGAUCUGGUCAAGGACCUUCACCUCCACAGCCAGCGUUAUGUCAUGAUCCUGGAUCCGGGGAUCAGCAGUACUCAGCCUCCUGGUACCUACGAGCCGUUCGAGGAGGGAAUAAAGAGCGGCAUCUUCAUCAACAGCUCCAGCGGAGGAACGCUUAUCGGGAAGGUGUGGCCAGGACUUACAGCAUUCCCAGACUUUUCCAACCCGGACGCACACGAGUGGUGGUACCAAAACCUGCAGAAAUUUCACAACCGAGUCCCGUUUGAUGGCCUGUGGAUUGAUAUGAACGAACCUUCUAAUUUCUUUGACGGGUCUGUAGACGGCUGUCCUGACAACGAGUUAGAAAGCCCUCCUUAUACACCAUAUGUUCUGGGUGGCAGUCUAAAGGCGAAGACCAUAUGUGCAUCUGCACGACAGAAAACCACCUCCCACUACAACCUGCACAGUUUAUAUGGACUUAUGGAAGCUAAAGCAACAGCAAGUGCUUUGAAGAGGAUCCUGGGUAAACGUCCAUUUGUGAUUUCCCGCUCAACGUUCCCAAGUCAGGGAAAGUAUUCCGGUCACUGGCUGGGAGAUAACAGGAGCCAGUGGAAGGAUUUAUACAUGUCUAUUCCAGGCAUGCUGACCUUUAACCUUUUGGGCAUUCCUCUGGUGGGAGCGGACAUAUGCGGCUUUUCUCAGAACACCACGGAAGAGCUGUGUGUGCGCUGGACUCAGCUCGGAGCGUUUUAUCCCUUCACCAGAAACCAUAACACGAAAGACUCGCUGCCUCAGGAUCCAACCGUGUUCAGUUCGGCUGCUCGGACAGCGAUGAAGGAAGCUCUUCUGCUCCGUUAUUCCCUCUUUCCUUUCCUUUAUACACUCUUUCACUAUGCACAUGUCCAUGGACACACCGUCACUCGACCUCUGUUUUUCGAGUUCCCUACAGAUGCAAAGACGUAUACGAUCGAUAAACAGUUCCUGUUGGGGAAGAGUUUGUUGGUGACACCUGUUCUGGAGCCCGGUGUGGAUUUUGUGGUUGGCUACAUGCCUGAGGGGCUCUGGUACGAUUUUUACACAGGUGACUCACUAGUCAGUAAAGGUGAAAAGAUAAAGUUUCAUGCUCCUCUGGACAAAAUUAAUCUACAUCUCCGUGAAGGAUCCAUCAUCCCCACACAGAGACCCAACACUACACUGUGGGUGAGCAGCGGUCAGCCCCUGCACCUGGUGGUGUGUGUGCGUGAGGACGGUCAGGCCAACGGAGAUCUCUUCUGGGAUGACGGAGAAUCUCUGGACACCUACGAGACAGGCAAUUAUGCCUACAUCAUGUUCAGCCUGAAACAGAACACCAUGACCUCGGAGGUGGUACGCAGUCAUGUGGAGGCCACGUACCUCACCGUGGAGACGGUUUCCUUUUACGGCGUGAAGACUGCGCCGAGCAGCGUCACUGUCAAUUCACAAGAAGCAGCGUUCAGCUACACGUCCAAUCAGGUGUUGAGUGUAGACAAGUUGGGUCUGAACCUCAGUCAGAACUUCACCAUCAGCUGGAAGUGAAUUUGCACUUUGAACAAAAAUAAAACUCAAUAGGCUUCAUUUCAAAAUGUUUCAAGUUAGCAAGGUUUUUUGUUUGUUUGUUUGUUUUUCGAAUUCCGAGAUGGCUCGUUUAAAAAUAAAACCACGUCCUUUUGUUUUGUUUUGUUGUUGGUGGUGUUUUUUUUUUUCCCCCCACCAACAUAAUUCUCAUUGAAGGGAGUUGAUUAAUCCGAGUGUGCAUUAUUCUCCGAGCAUUCAGGGAACGGGUGUGGUGCAAUAAGCUUCACUAGGAGCAAACGUACAUGAUGGAAAUUCACAAAUUAUUACAUUUGGAAUUCAGAGGUGCUGAUAUUUACAGGAUCGCUGUAGCUGUUUUAUAAUUUUUUUGAAGGCCAUACCUGAAAAAUCCACUUGUACGCCUUCUCAGCUAAAGCAGCCAAUAAAAUUCUCCCAUCAGAAAAGCGUCCAGAGAAUCACGAGUUCGAAUCCUGAUGAUACUACAGCCAUCUGGAGCCAGGAGUCAGGACAGCAAAAUCGUCACUAGCCAAUCGUAGGCGUCUGUGAGUUCAUGGAUGCGGAAAAGGGCAAAUAGCGUUUUCUUCCGAAUGUGUUACCGUACGCCACCCUGGGACCUGUGACGCAAAAAUGAAGACGUGAAUUCCCUGAAGGGGAAAAGGAUGUGUGAAAGAUUUGCUUCUGGUCGCGGUUAGUUUUGUUUCCUGUAAAGGCCAAUUUAUGCUGACAACGCAGUCCUCGCAGACGGUGUCGCAGAUGGCAUCUGUGUAGCCCCCCCUUCACAGACGCUCUGCGCGCACCUCCCAAAAAUUGUGACCGCAGAAGCCUCGCAGACAGCGUCGCAGACAAGAGGGCUCUGACUGGUCCACUCUACAUCCACUGUACACGCACUUCCGCUUCCCUACUUUCCUGGUUUGGUUUGUUUUCACGACCGCCAUUUUUAAAAA